GUUCAGAGCGUGUUCUGCAGCCUGACACGUCACACUGAUUGAUGAUGAAAGGCUGUGUUAAGACGAAAAUGUGAUGCUGACAGAUGGAGAGCGGCAAGAAAUUAUGAGAGACAGCGCAGAGAAAAUUGUGCAAUCACUGGAAACUGAGCAAACAGUGAUCACCAAAGCGUGGCUCUGCCCGUGUCCUGUGAGCCAUGAAGCCACAGAGGAUCACGGUCAAAUAAAAAAAAGGGAGCCUCACAAAGGCUGGGAAACAGGUAGAUCCACCUCUGGACAGCCCACCACGUCUCUGUCUGGUUCAGAUUUCAGAUGCAGGUCAAUGAUCAACCAAAUGAUCCUGAUUGAUGCCCUGGGACUGAGGUCACUCUUUACCCUUUACUGUGACCAAAACAAGCCCAGACCAGAGGACGGAAGCUUCAGGGGGAGGAAGACGCUGCAAACUAAUGUGUGAGGAGGGAAAUGGCCGCGUAGCAGCUCCGUCUCCACACUUUUCUCUUUUCAUUGAGGAAAAGUACUAUUUCAUUCAUGCCAUUUCCGUUCAUUCAUCAGCUGGGGCCAGCCUAGACUCACGGAGCCAUCUCCACACCAACAUUCUUAUCAAUGGAAGUGACGUCAGCACUGCCUGCUGCUGGGGAGGUGGGGGUGGUGGUGGGGAGAGAUCACGUGGUCCCACUGAGGGUAUAUACAAUAAAGUUGCGCUGACCGUGGUGCUGAAAACAUUCACUCAAUUGUACAUUUGCACCACUGCAGCUGUCAUACAAACACACCACACAACUAAAGAAAAAAAGAUCCGACAGCUCUUCUUUCUUCUUCUCCAUGUUGGUCACAGACUGAAGCGGGAGAAGGAAAAGAGAGAGAACGAGGGGGAGAGAGAGAGAGAGGAGGGAAGAAGAGAAAGACAUUCUCUCAGGUGACCCCACUAUUUAUGAAAUAAUCUUGGCUUUUACCCGCGUUGAGAGCUACACCUCUUCCCCACCCACCCCCAGAGUGGGACUCCAGGUGCUUAACUCCCCUCCAGCCAGUUCUGCAUGGUCAUGACCUGUCAUCACGCCUCUACCACAUCCCGCCUCAUCCUAUUGGUCCUGCUCGGCGUCACUCCACAGCUGGCUGGCGCCGCCCCAGUGUUGGGUGAGGGAGGGGAGGGUAGGGUGGAGGGGCGCACCCGGACAGAGCAUACAGAGGACAGUCUCGCCCCCUUCCUCUCACCCCAACCCCGGAGUCUCUCCAGCCCUGAAAAUGCAUCUCUAGACCAGGGCCGUGACCCGGGUCAAGAAAACCAAUCAAAGAAUGCAAUGGACGCUGUGCAAGUGCUAGCCGUGCUUUUGGAGGCCUUGGACCACCCGGAGCACAGUGAGAGUCAGCAAGGCAGCAACAGAGGCUGGGGGGAGGAAGAAAUACGGGGGCUGCCCACCAUCGAGGGGGUGGAGGGCGGUGAGAUAAGGAGAUCAGGACAGACAGAGGAAGACAGGGGGGAGGAGGAGAUGGGAGAAAGGCUCAGGGCUGAUAAGGCUAUUGAACAGCUAAUUGUGGGCCAUUUGACAGCUGCUCAGGGUGAUGACUUUGAGGAAGAGAGGGAGGACAAAGACACAAGGGCAGAGGAGAACCAGGGGUCGUCUGUAGAGAAUGAGGUACAACGCAGCAGCGUAAGUGAGGAGGAAUGGAAGGAGGAGGGACAGGAAACGGAGAAGAAUUUAGAAAGUUUCUUAGGCAAAAGCAGACCGAGUUUCACAGUGCAGGGAGACGAUCUCUCUCUCCAGCGAAAAAUAAGAGGCUACUUCCAAAAUAUUGACUUGGGUCUCCAAGAUAAUGAGAUUCUGCCUCCACUAAAGGGCUACAAGGCGUAUAACACUCAGCUGGCACAAGCAGCUAAGAAGCUGCACUGGCAGGGCAACACCGCCCGCAACCGCCCGAUAAAGGGCGGCAACUUCAUGGAUGACUUUGAGGAUGAAGGAGAGGCGCUGGAUGAGGAGAUUGAGGAGGAAGAGGAGAGCCUCUCACACAUGGAAGAGGAGGCAAGGGCUCUCGCCGAAAAGCAGGAGGUGCUCCGUCAGCAGGAGGAGGCGGAGCGAGCCAGAGAAGAAGAGCAGAGGCUGGCAGACAUCGCCUCAGACAUGCUGCUGCAGUACAUGGGGAGGAAACAGCAGUCGUACAUGAAGCCGAGGGAGAAGAGCAGCAUGAGCAACACCGCAGAGGACAAGCGCUCCGAGGAGGUGCUCCCCGAUGAAGAUGACUUAGACCAGCAGAUGAUUGACAGACUAAUUGAGAUCAGCAGCAAGUUGCACCUGCCUGCAGACGACGUGGUCGAGAUUAUUAGUGAUGUAGAGGAGAAGAAGAAGAAAAGAAAAGAGCUGCAGCAGCAGUCGACCAACAUGAAGCCCGUGGCUCCACGUUUCCGGCCUCUGGUUCCCCCUCCACUGGCAGCUCCGCCGAUUUACCACUACACAGCCUCUAAAAACCCCAAAAAAGCCCCCUAUAAGUACAACAAGCCCAACAAGAAGUGGCACAAGGACAAAGUCAAAUCCUACAAAGAGGACUACUGGUAUAAGCCACAGAAGCAGCUUGAUUACUGGUACCAACCCCAGAAACAGUUUUUGGCCUUCCCUUCCUACCCCUACUACCAGAAGCCAUAUCGUGCGUACUACCCUGUUUAUUUCCCAUACCCUAAACCACAGUAUGGCAAGCCUGUCCCCCCCAGAGACCAUCCAUUCGGUCCCCAGGAACUUGAGCUCCCGGCCCCCAGGCGCAAGCACAGGGGCGGGGGCAAGAACCGUGGACAGGGCUGGAGGCAGCAGCCACCGCCUCGUCUGCCUCUCGCCCCAUACAUCUCCAACUACAUCCUUCCUCACCCACGGACCUACCAACCCGUGCCUCCUCCCAAACCAAUAACCCCGCCCAGGAGGGGCAGGCGCCCCCAGUAUUAUUAUCCACAGAUCACACCGGCUGAAGACUAUGAGGAAGAUGGGCUGGUGCCUCAGGUGGACAGUGAGGAGGAACUGGAGAACUUUAUUGAGAGGAUCUACAUGAAGCGCAGAAUGUACUGAGAUGCUUUUUGGACAUUUGUCAGAUUAGAGGGACAGACAGAGGUGGGCUAGAUGUUUGAUAGCUGGGAAAAAGGGAAAAGAGAAUUAAAAAAAAAGAGACUCUGAGGAGGUAUGUGUUUGAGCCUGACGGGAGAAGAUGAACAGGUUUAGAUUUCUGUUGUUUUAAUCACUGAAUAUUUUUUGUUGAUUUCCUCGGCCAGGGAGAGGAUGGAGAGGUUGCCAGUUGAAGCUCCCUGUAACCAUGUUCAGCCUCUUGCUCAGUUUACAUUUUGAAACGGAACAUACCGACGUGUAUGUCUGCCUCCAUUCAGGUCAAUCUUUGUAUUGUACAGAGAAUUCUAGAGAACACACACACAUUGUUACAAACACACACACACACACAUACACAAAUCACAUUUGUGACACAUUUACAAGCAGAUGUGCCCAUUGUAAGAGAACCAUGUUUACGCCAUCAAUUUGUGUUUCCUGUUUUUAUGCUUUGUUCAAUCAUUUCCUAUCUGCACAAAAAUGAGAAACUGAACACCGCUGACAGUAUACACUACACGUGACUUAUGUGAGAGCAUGAACUAUCUGUCAAAUGUUUUACAACACCCCUCAUUAAUCCAGUUUUACUGACUCAGACAGACGACAUGGCUACUAAAUGGUACAGAAGUCAGCAGUAAAUCGCUGCCACAAGAAGAAGCUUUAAAAAAAAAGCCUGUAAUCAGACUAAUAAUGGCAAAGAAUCAAUAGUUUAAAAACUGGUUCUUGCCUAUUGUUUUUUGCAGUAGUGGGGAGAACAAAACGAUGCCUUGGACUUGUUGAAACAUUACUUAAAAACCACAUGUCAAAUGAUAACAAGAACCCAGUCUGGCUGCUCAUGUGUUCAUCCUGGAGCCAGAUGAUGACUCCAGAUUGACAAUGAAGGGCUUUAGAUGAUAAAUAACCAGCACAGUGUCCAGACAGCGACUCUUCAGAGCUGCUGUUAGAACUCUACAGGACGAAGAAGCACAGACGGAAUCAUCAAAACAGUGUAAACUGGGGUGUAUUAGAACAUUUGGCCAGCGUAGUGUUCUUUCAUGACUUGACAAUUGGAUCGACCUACAAUCUGCAAAAGUGCCAAAAAUACUCAUGGGAAAUAUUUAGAAUUAGACCUUACAAGGGCCGUGAUUCUAAAGGAAUAAUAUCUGUCAUCAUCAAAGCAACAUAUCGUUCCAAUGUAGAAACCCUGUGGACUCCAAAAGCACAAAUCUAAAGAAAAAAAAAACACUUCCAUGAUGGUGGACUAUGGGUUUCAGUCAUUUUGGGACCCAUAAAUAUAUACUGUAUAUAAAAUCAUGUCAUGUGUUUGCAGCCUUCUAUUCCACCAAGAGGCUACCACAAGAUUCUGUUCAUUUUCAGGAGAUACUCAUUGAGAAGUUUCAGACCGGGAAGUCAGGGAUUGUGCUUAAACCGUUAAAAAUGCACGUCUUUCUACUUGCAUCUUAAAAAUGAACAAAAAAAAAGAACAAAAAAAAGAGGAAAAAAAAAUAAAACAGUAUGGAGAAAUCAAGACGGCUGUUUUUCUCUGAAUAAACUGUGAACAUAGAAAAAAAAAAUCAAAACGGAAGAGGGCCACUGUGUCGGCAGUGGCGCCAUCUGUCUUGUAAAAGGAGAGUGUUGUUGUUGAUGUCACCUUUAGCAUUGUAAGAUGUACAGUGUGAAAUAAAUAUGCCUGUGCAAUGUGUAAAUAACAGCAUGACGAUUAAUAGUUUUGCUAUAUGAUAAAAAAAUAAAAGCAAUUAUUUUAUUAA